CAUGCACUUUGAUUAGAAGAGCGGGGCGGGCUCCCUGGAGUGAGUGGAUCAGAGAGAAGUUGUCUGGUCACCCCACUAAACGUGUGGCCAAAGGAUACACAGCGCUUUAGGAGACUGGCCGGAAACUAGUCCGUGUCUUUUGGAAUGGCAGACCUCGGUGUUUCUCUGUUCCUGCUGGCAGGGACCGUGUUUCUGAGCGAAGUGACGAGGAGGACUGCAGUUAAACUGUUUGCCAAGUCGGAUUAUUGUCCGUACGUGUUGGAAAUCAUUUCGACCUUUCAGCUAUGCGCUUGCACUCACGAGUUGAAACUGCUGGCCGAAGUGGGUCGAAUAGAACUGCAGGUCGGGCUGACCCUCACGUAUCUCAUCUCUGUGGUCCAUGGGCUGACGUUCCACGGUGCCAUCUGCAACCCCUCUGGCACCCUUGAAUGCGUCUACCGGAGGAGACUGACCGGUAGAUGCGCAGUUGCACGGAUUGUGUGCCAGUUUCUCGCAGCCAUGGUGGCGCGCUAUGUUGUGCCAUAUGUAUGGGCACUGGGGUUGUCAGAUAUGCACGCUAGGCACAAACUGUUCGGAUUUAAAUGCAUCAGUCCGAUUAAUGCUCCGCUCUUGAAGGCAACUGCAGUUGAGUUGGGGUGCGCUUUCGCCGUGCACUCUGCUGUUACACAGAUGCAAAAAGUCGACGACAAAUACAAAAUUCAUCUCAUUGCAGCUGUAAUCACAAUCGUGGUCUAUGCAGGAGGGAGUAUCACAGGAGCUGUGUUCAACCCAGCACUGGCGCUCUCAACACAGUUUCCAUGCAGCGGGAACACCUUUACGGAGUACUCAUUGGUGUACUGGUUGGGGCCGGUGUUAGGCAUGGCCGGCUCAGUGCUGCUAUUCGACAAAAUCGUCCCGGUGGUAUCUGGGAAGAGCAUGUAUCAAGAUGACCUGCACUACAAUGGCAUCCAGGAGGAGAAGAAGAAGAACUGAGCUUCCAACUGGACAUCUCUCCACUGUUGGACCCAGCAGUGGAUUACUGUACACAUCUCCUAAGCAUCCGUGAGCUUACUUAGUCAAUAAUUAUAGCGCUCAGUGUAGGCCUAAUCAAUGGGAGUGAUUGUUUUAGUGUGUAAACUGACAUGUACCUCAUCAACACAAUUUUUUUUUUCCUUUUUAUACCUUUUUUUGAGCCAAACCAUGUUUAUGUGAAUAUUGGUUGAGAAGACGUACGUGGAUAUAUCAUGGCUAUUGCAAUUUGUUUAAUUAAACAUGACUACAGAGCUUAGCAUGAACUUAUCACAGGAUAUAACAUCAUAACUGGAAGAGGUUAUCAUCGUUAGUCUUGUGAUGGCACAAGCAGCUGCUAUUUAGAGAAGACAAGUCUGUGAAUUUCAGAAACUCGACUGAAGUGAGAAAUUCUGACCUACAGGACUGUGCAAUCAGUUCUGAUUCAUUUCAUUUGAUGUUAUUGUCUGAUUAUUGUCUCUAUUGUUAUUUUGUCAGUGUCCUCUUGCAAUGGUUAAGUUAUCUAUUACUGUUCCUGUUUCUCAUCAUGUAUCUCUUAAGUUUAAACAUUCCCUUUUAAAGAAGCACAUUAGGCUUAACUGGAUAAGUAUGUUAUAUAAUGAGGAUUUUUACAUUUGAUGAGUGUGUGUGACGUUUAAGCACAGUUUUUCUUGGUGCCUUUGGAACUUGAGCAAGGAGUCUCGGGGCAAGCUGAUCCUCCCCGAGCUUGACCAUUAGUAAACCUAUGCCAACGAGUGCCAUAUAUAGUUACUGUUUAAGUGACAAGCCAAAGAUGGUGCACUUGUCUUUCAGGCAAGCAGAGGCUCGGCCACUCAAUACAGCACAUGUCAUACGUGAUACUAAUCAAAUCUGAAUGCGGUUGUUGGUCUUCCAUUGCAAUUGGUUGUCAUCAACCAAUUACAGCAUUUAUAACAAUGUAAGACAUUGUAAUAAAUCGGUUCAUUUUCUUAUAGUCUUGAGUAUGUAACUUGCUUCAGUAUGAAAAUUGUAUUUUAUUACAUGCAAUGUAUGCGAUGCUCAUAUUAUUAUAAUAGACAUUUUAUUGUUUAUCUUUGCUUUAAGGAGACGGACAGACAGACUACAAGUAAUAUUUUAAAUUGCUCUACUGGAGAGACGUGUCUAAAGCAGGUUGUUAUCCAUAGCAGCUGACCUUGUAGUCCCUGUGAAGUAGCAGGUGUCCUAUACAGGGUAUAUGAGACUGAAACAUGUGUUAGCGUUUGCCAAUUCACACUUUUCGCUAAGGUGAAGCUGUAAGAUUGGGACCAUUUCUUUGAAUGAAAUGACCACCCAUUAAAAACUGAAAUUAAAUAUUUUUGCUGUUUUUAUCCAAA